AUGGUAUCAAACGAGAGAGAAAAGAAUCAAAUAGAUAUCACUCCCAUUGAUAAUCUAUGUGCUGCGUUCGAUAAGACUUUGAAGUCUACCCCUGAUGUUCAGAAAUACAAUGAUGCUGUGGAUACAAUCUUUCAGUUAAGGCAGUACUCUGAGCCUGGAAUGCUGGCGAAUAAUCUAGCAGGUAAUGAAAUCUUCAAAGACGUCCAGAAAAUUGAAGACAUAUUAACCAGAUCUUACCAGGACCAUUCUGAGUCCCGCGCACAUUUGUCGAAGCGCAUUCAAGAAGAUAUCCCAUUCGCACUCGAUUUGUAUGAAAUGCUAUCAAGAUCAUCUGUGCACGUUCUUGUUGGUUGCUUUCCUUCCGAAAAUGCAACGGCUCCAUUACUAAAUGAGCUGCAAGCGAGAAUACAUUAUGGUGAAGAUCUUCAUGUUACAUAUCUACUCAGUGUGGUCCUACAACUGUUAAAUAAGUUCAAGUAUGACUUCAAAGAUGUCCGAUUUUUAGUGAAGGAGCUUUGUUUACGCAUAAACGAAGACGGGGUGAAAUCGAUGAUGCUGAUAAUUUUUGCUGAAUUGCAAUCGAGUUUUCAGAAAGAUUUUGAUAAAACGUUUAUGGAUUUCAUGAGCAGUUUGAUCGUAGAGGCAGAAAUCGAUGUGGGGAACGACCCACUAUCAAUCAUUGUCAAAGUUCUGUCUGAACUGUACCCUUCCUUAACUGUACUGUGUUCCGAAAUAUUUCUAAGCAAUGGGCUAACUAAGCUUUUCAAAAAAAGAGUUUUCGAACAACAAGAUUUACAGUUUACAAAGGAGCUUUUGCAAUUGUUAUCUGCAGCAUGUAUUGAUGAGACCAUGAGAGUGUACAUUACAGAAAACUACCUUCAACUUUUGGAAACAUCACUAAGCCUAGAAGAUAUAAAAAUAUACUCUGCCUUAGUACUAGUCAAGACGUGGUCAUUCACUAAAUUAACAAAUAUAAACAUAACACAACUAUCAGAGAUUUUGAUAAGUGCAAUUUCAAAAUGCGAAAUGCCUAAAAUAGAAAGUGUGGAUAAGGGCACGGUGAGACCUGAUGAAGUCAAGAAAGUAGAAAUGUGCGUUGAAGGGUUAGCAUACCUGAGUUUGAAGCCGUCAGUUAAGAACAUGAUCAGAAACGAUGAAAAUUUUGUCAAAAUGCUAAUAACCAUGGUUCAAAACCAGAAAAUGACGCACUCUUUAUAUGGUCUGCUAGUUAUGGUAGCUAAUUUGUCCACCCUGCCAGAGGAAAACAAUGGCAGCGCUCAAUCGAUAAAUGACCUGAGAGUUUAUGCGGACUUAAAAGCCCCAAGCACGGAGAAUACGGGAAAUGACAAAGAAUCAAAAGAGGAUAUUACUUUGUUUGUCGAAAAGUACGUAUUGAAGGCAGAGUUAAUUUCCUAUUUGAAAACCAAAAUGCAAACUCUGAGCCCCAAUUGCAAACAGCAGGUAGUAAGAGUCAUCUAUAACACCACACGCUCGAAAGGGUUCAUUUCCGAAUGCAUUGCGCAGGGUGGUACCGCUGUCGUCUUAGAAUAUCUAGUCGGUAAGCAAGACGUUGGGGAACCGAUCCGAAUUUUGGGUUGCCGCGCCCUGUCAAGAAUGUUAAUAUUCACCAAUCCGGCCCUGAUAUUUAAAAAAUACUCUGCGUUGAACGCUAUUCCUUUCCUAUUCGAAUUGCUACCUAGAUCCACACCUGUGGACGACAAUCCGUUGCAUAACGAUGAGCAAAUAAAACUAACAGAUAAUUAUGAGGCUUUGUUGGCUUUAACAAAUCUAGCCUCGUCAGAGACUUCUGACGGUGAAGAAGUCUGCAAGCAUAUUGUGUCUACACCGGCCUAUUGGUCGACAAUCGAGAAUCUGAUGUUAGACGAGAAUGUUCCAUUGCAACGGUCAACACUGGAACUGAUAAGCAAUAUGAUGAGCCAUCCAUUAACGAUUGCUGCAAAGUUUUUCAAUUUAGAAAACCCGCAGAGUUUGAAGAACUUCAAAAUACUGGUGAAACUAUUACAACUGUCUGACAUCGAGUCCCAACGCGCCGUCGCUGCUAUCUUUGCCAAUAUCGCAACUACUAUCCCGCUGAUAGCCAAAGAACUCUUGACUCAAAAAGAACUAAUCGAAAACGCCGUUGAAGUCUUCGCGGAGCAAGUCGGCGAUAUCGAGCUAAGACAAAGACUAAUUAUGCUUUUUUAUGGACUUUUUGAAAUGAUUCCGGACACCAGCUCUAAGGAGAAUUAUCCCUUGCUACAAGAAAACUCAAAACUGAAGAAUGCUUUGAACAUAUCUCUAGAGAGAAAGGACUCAGGACCGGAGUUCUCGGCAGCCAUCCCUAUCAUCCUUGCCAAAAUUAGAGUCUAA